CGUGCAAUUUAGUAGCUUGCGUUCUACCCCUGUGGUUUGAUGCAAAAUGUUGCGGGACGUGGUGAUUACGAAGCUCUUCUUACCAGAGAGACGAGGGAACCUCUUAUUGACAAACAUAAAACAGGAGCCAACUUCGGAAGGCUCCCCCUCGCAAAGCUUAUCCGUUCCAGUUACAGAAAUUUCUGAGCCUACUCAAUCUAAUAGUCAAACUCGACUUACAAGAUCGCAAAGCGUCACCUGUCCACCACCUUACUUUACUUCAUCUGAACAUAUAACCCUCCCAGGGAAUACUUUCUACACUUGGUCAAGAGUCUCUCAGCAACCGAUUUCUAGGACGCUUAGUGGGCAUGUGAACGAGUCCAAUGGACUUGUUACAGGAAGUUCUCUACCUGCUGUAACCAGUGUCAAUGAUUCCACUCCCCUCAUCGUACCCAGUACAAUUCCUCCACGUACACCCCAUGAUGAUCAGUGUUCAUCAAGUAACAUGAUUCAUAAUACAGCUUCCGCAGACGCACGCCUACAUAUGGUGACAGGUGGUGAGUGUGUUAAUUCGUUACCAUUUCGUAAUGACACACUCUCUGGUUCUUCUAUAUCUGGUGUCACUCUUCCUCUAACAACGCAAUCUUCUGGACCUAGCACUUAUGAUGCAUUUAAUCAUCGCCCAGUUCAUUCAUCUGUUCCUCGUCCCACACCACUAUCAAAACGAUGCACCCAACCAGCAACCAGUGUAUCACUGAAUUCACAGCCACCAAUGGUAAACACUUGUUCCCAACAUUUAGGAAGUAAUACGCGAAAUCCAGUCGUAUCUAUAGGCGAUCCAAACAGAUUGGCAACCUCUUCAGCUGCCAAUAGGAUUGAUGAAGAAAUUAUGAAUCCUGCUUCCACGGAUGAUAAUCUCCUAUGGGGUCGUAUCGCUCGAAACUCAUCAGGAGAUUUAAGAUUUCCCGGCAUCAAUCGCACUUUUAAAAGUGCUUAUUCAGUCUUGAGGCAAAUUUAUCAAUCGGCUAUGGCUCAAGACAGUUUGACUUUACAGUUACCGGCAUCCGCGAUUCAAUGUGAAAAUGAGGCAAAUAUUCGUUCAGAAAACUCACUACCAAAUUCGCUACUUAAUUCAACUUCAAGAAAAGGUUUUUAUAUUUGCCUGUGUUGCCGAGCAACAUUUACAAGCAGUGCUUUGUAUGAAGACCACCUGGAUCGUACCGUUGCUCGAAUAUUGUAUCGUUGUCAUCUCUGUCGUGCUUCUUGGACAACAACUUCACGUGAGGCGGUCAGUAUCGCUGAUGUAAAUACAAGUCAUCAUCAUCGUCCGGAGGACAACAGUAGAAAUUCUUCUGAAUCAACUAGCAGUUCUGUUGUCGCUGCUGGUAGUUCGCAUGAAGUCACGCUUGCCAUGAUCCCGACUACUACUACUAACAACAACAACAACAGUAAUAAUCAUGAAAGCGAAAUCUCCUCACGAUUUUAUUCUGUUCUACCGGGUGGAAUUAUCAGCGCUAAUAAUAAAUGCGCCAUAUUUAUUCAUUUGACAUCCGUACACCCGGAUAAAAGAAGCGAUUGGAUUCUAAGACCAUCGCUUCUUACAAUUUGUCCGUUGGUUACGCCAGCCACAUAUUUAAAUUUAGUAGCACUGACCGCCUCCACUACUACUACUACUGAUAUACAACCUUCUGAUGCAGGGAAUGAGCCAGCGCCUACACGUCAAACAUCCAAUCAACUUGUCAAAACUCAUUUGAAUGAUUUAUGUAAAUCAAGAGUUUGGAGUGAUCUUCAACAUAGUCUUAGCAAUAUAUCUGCCCUCGGGAGUCUUGACUUUCUCCAGUCAUCAUCAACAUCAUCAGCGUCAUCUUCCUCUCAACAAGUUUCCUCCAAUCCCGUUGGCAGACUAACUCGAACACAUGACGACAUAAUUGUCGAGACGUUCUCCUCUUUAAGGCGUAUUUUUACACCGAGUAGUAGCAACAACAGUGAGAGCAAUUUACCUAGCCUCCCGUGUUCAGACAGUGUCUUAUAUCGUUUAAUUCUCAAUUGUGCCACUAGCGAAAUUUGGCAUUCACAUCUUUUUCUACCGGAACGGUGUAAUGAUGAAACCAGAACAAUUUGUACUCCUGCUACAACCACAGCAACAACAACAAAAACAGUAAAUCAUCAAGAUGAAAGUAAUCCGGUUACUGCUGAAACUAAUAAUAAUAAUGUUGGUGGUGCUGCUGUCGAAAAUGGUCAAACCAAUAACGGUGAUAACAGUGGGAAUGUUGGCGGUAGUUACAGUGCAAUAACUAAAAAACUUUACGAUACUUGUCUACCUCCAUCCGCUCCAUCCAAUGCUCAUCUGAAUUGGGCUUUAAACGUGAUAUUGUCUUCGUAUCGUUCAUCGCAGUCUUCAACUCCAUCAUCGUCAUCAUCAUCAGCAGCAGCAGCAACAGCAUCAGUGGUUCAAUCUUCUGAUUCAAUCAACCGACGAGGUGACCUUGAAAAUAAUGAUAAUUUGCUGCCAAUACAAGCGACUAGUAAAAAUUUAAUGGUCACCUCAUCAAGUGAUCAACUGCCAGCGCCAGCAUCAUCAUCACAACAACAACAGCAACAACAAAAGCAACAACCAUUCGGUGUGUUACGUUGUCUCUUAUGCAACUUUCAAACAAAUGAUAAACAAAAGCUUAAAAUACAUCUUAUGGGUAGUGGUCGAACUGUACUCAAUACAAAAUGUGGUCUAUGUGGUCAGUUAUUGAGUAUAGUACAAUCAGAUUUAUGUUUGAUUAAAGCCCAUUUACUGUUACACUUGGGAUGUUAUUUAAUGUGUCCUCAGUGUGGAUUUACGCCUCCACCAUAUUUAUCUCCGGAUUGUGCUGAAUUAUGCUUACGUGUACAUCUCCGCUUUGUAUGCUUUCAUUUCAAUUUGAGAGAAAUCUUUCAAUGUUGUUAUUGUCAUGAAAGUGAUAAUAGAAAAGGCUAUAAGUCAUUUGAAAAUUUAUGCCAACACUAUUUUGAAUAUCAUUCAAAGCGAAUUUAUUCAUGCUUGAUUUGCAUAAAACACCAGGAACAAUUAGAAUCUAUUGGGAUAAGUAAUAAUAAUAAUAAUAGUCAACAGCAGAGUACAAGUUUCAGAGAUGAAACUGGUAAUGGUGGUAACAUUGCCGUUAUUCCUAAUAACACUGUUAAGAACAACAGUUCUGUUCCAAUGCCUGUCAUCUCGAAUAGGAGUUAUACCUCUACAAUACAUCAUGUGGGGGGUAUGCAUGUGAUGAAUAGGGAAAAUAUGCUUCUGCAACAACAACUGCAAUAUUCAACAUCUUCACUUCAAACUUCUUCUGGUCCGGAUUCUAAUAUGUUGAAUUCAUCUCAUGAUUUGGCCAACAUUUCCCUUCCACGGAUAGAAGAACUAACGCUGCUUGAAACAUCUUCAUUUGAAGAAUUAACGUAUCAUAUGAGAGUUGUUCAUGGUGCACAUACGCCUAGUUCUAUCAAUUCUUCGACUGCUACUAUUCCUCCUCUUUCUGCAUGUUCAAGUGAAUCUCAGACUGUGUUAUUACCAUCCGCAUUGGUCAACUCAACACAACCAGCGAUAAUCACUACGAAUUUAUUAAACACUACAAGUCUACGUCUUCCUUUGUCUUCUUCUGCUUCUUCGUCUACUAUUACUACAACUCCUAGUAGUCAUAACAACGCUUUUGUAAACAUCAAUGGACUGCCGGUGGUCUAUAGAAAUCAUGAUAAUAAUUAUAAUGCCAGUGAAAUGCGAGUGAAUUCCGAUUACUCUACAAGAUUUCAGUGCAUAGAGUGUAUGAGAUUUCUUGACACAAGAGAGGAGUAUUUUCAGCACUUCAGCGCUGAACAUCGAUUAGCUUGUAUUCAUGAAAACUAUUAUCGAUGUUUUGGUUCGUGUAAACGUCUUUUCCCAAAUAUUGAUGUUUUUCGAGAACAUUUAUCUGUGUGUCAGCAUGCACAAACUAUCUUUCAGUCAACAUUUGGAUAUUCCUAUACUUAUAGUAAUGAUAAUAAUGACAAUAAUAGUAAUAAUAAUAGUAAUCAGGAUAUACUUAAUUUAUUGGACCCAGAGCAUGCAGAUGACAACCAACAGCAACAGUCUGUCAGAACCUCUUCAUCAUGUGAGAAUAAUGCAUCUUCUUCUUCAUCUGCUGCUGCUUCUUCCAGUCGUGCAUCAGUAAUAUUUAAUCGAAAAUUAUGCUUCUGUGCAUACUGUGGUAUUGGACCAAGACGAAAUAUAUCGACGACUGGGGGUAUUGUUCAUCCUUCGUCUACAAUGAUAAUAACAACCACAUCGACAACAACCACAGCAGCAGCAGCAACAACAACAACUACUACUACUACUAUGACUUCAACUUCUUAUUCCUUGUGUAUGGAUCAUCCACAUGGACAGAUUACAUCUGAUCCAUUAGUGAUGUCUGCAGAAUCAAAUGGAUCGGACGAAGUCACACAAAGUCGAAAUAACGAAAUCAAUCUAGGGUUACAGAAUCAAGAUUCAACAGCGGACAAUGGUUAUAUUUCUGAUUGUUCUCAUGCAUCAAACAACAACAACAACAACGCAACUCAACAGCUACAGUUACAGCCACUGCAACAACAACAAGGACAACAACAACAACUACACGAAUCUCCUACUAACCGUGAAACUCCAUUCACUGCUCGAUACUUUACAGAUUUGAUGAAGUUACAAAAUCAUGAAAGAGACUCGCACUUUUAUGAUUGUCGUAACUUUAUUGCUUGUCCAUGGUGUCAUAAACAGUUGUCAUUUUCUAAGAAGGAGAAUUCUAAUGGUACUUAUGACCAUUUAUUAUCACAUAUUCAUAAACACCGUAUGGCUUCUUGGUGUCUUGCACGAACACGUCAAUGGAAUGAAAAUGCUAAAGCUCUACCACAUUGUGUAUGUGGAUUAGCCUUACUCGAUUCUCCACUGGCUAUUUUAUCGCAUGCUGGAACACACUUGAUACAUGCAGACAAGUACAAAUCAUCGUCUGUUGUUCUACCGGAUCCAAUACAACUGCGUCGAUUAAAGCGUCAACAUCCGCAUGCAUCAUCGUCAUCUUCAAAUAAUCGACAGUAUUCAUCAGAGGAAUUUCUAUUCCCUAAACCUAAUGAUCAUAUUCCGUGUUGUAUAGAAGUUUAUCGACAUCUACGAUUCGGUGUUUCUCCAGGAUUUGACGCCUACCUUUUAGAAGCAACGAAAGGAAGCUUAACCUUUACAUGUCCUAUUUGUUCCACAGUGUUGUGUACUCGUUGGGCCUUAACACAGCAUGCAUUUUCAGAGCAUUGGGGCACUUUAUGCUAUAUUUGUUGUACUUACACAUUCAAUCCUGAGGAGAAUUCGCCUUCGUUAGACAUCAGUGUUGAUUGUAAUGCACAGAUUCCAAGUGCCUGUCCAUCAGUGUCAUCUUUACCAGCUAUCGCUUCUUCUUCUUCGUCUUUAUGUCCACCUACUUUGAUCCCUUCCUCUUUGAUGACCACGAAGAAGAUAGCAUCAACAUCCACAACAGCCACAGCGACAGCAACACCAACGACUGAGAUUGUCGUGCCACAGUCAAUGAAAACGUCGGCUAAUUUAUGGGAUCACAUUUUUCAGUGCAUGAAUAGUCGCCGUGAUCUACUGAAUGGUCAUCAUCAUCAACAUGGUCCAUUUCCUCCACCACUAUCAUCAUCAUCAUCAUUGACGAAAUCUGAUCUUCGUGUGAAUGAUGAUGACAACAACCACCAUCAUCACCAGCACCACGACCACCACCACCAGCAGCAGCAGCUGUUCAUUGGGGAUAUUGAUUUAGACCGUAGUGAAAUUUCUGAUUGUGAUGAUCCAAGUGAAAAUUUUAAUGAUUCUGUCCUCACUAUUGUGAGUUCACCUGAACAUGAGAUGAUCACUAAUACUAACACUACUACUAAUAAUAAUAAUAAUGCUGAUAAGAAUUAUUCAGAUGUGAGUUUAUCACCACGCCAGAUACCACUACAUAUCAGUGAAACAUGUUUAUCAUCUAAUAUUUCGACUGACGCCGCCAUCUCUGCGACCAGCGCCAGCAACACUACCAUUCCAAUGACUGCUGCUUCGUUGUCAUUGUCAUCUGCUGCUGCUCCUGUACCUGCUACUACUUCUACUACUGCGAUGACGACAACGAAUACUGCUGCUGCUGCUGCUACUGUUGCUGCUCGUCCUCCUCUUCCUUCAUGUACUAGUCCUAUUGAAUAUGUACAUAAAAUAUUUAAUAAUAAAUAUGUAAAGAGAAAAGCAUCAACAACAACAACUUCGGAAACUAGUGGUAGUACACGUAAUAAACGUGUAUGCCCAUCACUAAACAAAGGUGAUUGCAACAACGUACAAGGUAGUUGUCAUCGCAUUAUUGAAGGUGUUGGUGUUAGUGCUAGUGUUGGAGGUGAUGAUAAUGACCAACUGAGUCCAACUAAUAAUUCUGCUACUACUACUCCUUGUGUUGACGAGGGGGCGCAAGAACAGGUCAGCAGCGGCGGCGGAGGGACAUCACGUAGUUCUGAUGAUACAAAUGUUACUGAAAUGUCAGCGUUUGAUAGACCAACAAUACCAAGUGGAGUUGUAUCGAAUCCGCCUGUAUGUCAGAUAACUUAUAAAUGUUACGUGUGUCAAAGACGAUUUACUGCUCGUUCUUCGUGUCUGCGUCAUAUGACCAAUUUGCAUGGAGCUGUAACAUCAGAGCUGCAGUGGAAUCUUUUAACUGAAACAAAUUAUGUCGCAUCUACUCCAUCUGGACCUAAAAACAAUAACCCUAAUUUGUUGUCGUUGUUGAAUAAUAAUAAUAAUAAUAAUAAUACCCCAGCUACUGGAUCCGGCUCAACAGCAGCACCAGCGACGACGUCGUCAUCAUCAUCAUCGUUGUCUAAAUCAGGUGAAUCUGUUCGUGAAGAGAAUGACAACAGCAGCAGCAGUGGCGGUGGUGUUGUCAGAAAGAUAUUCUUUUGUUCACUUUGUAAUAAGUGUUAUAGGUCACGACAUAGUUUAUUAAGACAUAAAACUUCACAUCAUGGACAGACGGAUAGUCAGACAAGCAGUCGGCAAGCAGACUGAGUGAUUGAUUGGUUGGUUGGUUGGUACAUUAACUCAUACAUCUUUCUUCAUUGUAUGUUCUAUUACUGUCUUAUGCACAGUUAUGUGUUAUACAUAUAGGUACAGUUUGUACAGACACAAAGACAUAAAUCCAUGCGUUUAUUUUCGUUAUGUGUUUGUUAUAUACAUAUACAUGUUUUUUUUAACGAUUAUAAUUGUACAUAUACAGGAGCCAGAAAUUCAGAUUUAUUCAUUAUUAUUAUUAUUACUAUUAUUA